CGGGCAGUCACGUGACGCGACGGCUGGGGCUCCCGGCGCGGGGGACGCUGGUGGCCAAGAUGGCGGCGGAGCUGGUGGAGGCCAAAAACAUGGUGAUGAGUUUUAGAGUCUCCGAUCUCCAGAUGCUUCUUGGUUUUGUUGGCCGAAGUAAGAGUGGACUUAAACAUGAACUUGUCACCAGGGCACUGCAGCUUGUCCAGUUUGACUGUAGCCCUGAAGUCUUCAAGAAAAUUAAGGAACUCUAUGAGACUCGAUAUGCCAAGAAGAGCUCUGACCCUGUACAACCUCACAGGCCUUUGGACCCGCUCUCCAUACAUUCGUCCUAUGACCGGGGAAGCACUGUCCCUAGGACUUCUAUUUCUACUCCCAACAUUGACUAUCCUGUGCUAUAUGGGAAAUACCUAAAUGGACUUGGACGAUUACCCUCUAAAGUUGUCAAGCCAGAAGUCCGCUUGGUGAAACUGCCCUUCUUUAAUAUCUUGGAUGAAUUGCUGAAGCCAACAGAGUUAGUCCCACAGAAUAGUGAGAAGCUGCAGGAGAGCCCAUGCAUUUUUGCGUUGACGCCGAGACAAGUGGAACUGAUCAGAAACUCCAGGGAAUUGCAGCCUGGAGUGAAAUCAGUUCAAGUGGUACUAAGAAUCUGUUACACAGACACUAGCUGCCCCCAGGAGGAUCAGUACCCUCCUAACAUUGCAGUGAAAGUCAACCACAGCUACUGCUCAGUCCCGGGCUACUAUCCAUCAAAUAAACCCGGAGUGGAGCCAAAACGGCCCUGUCGUCCCAUUAAUCUCACACACCUCAUGUACCUAUCUUCAGCAACAAACCGAAUCACUGUCACCUGGGGAAAUUAUGGAAAGAGUUACUCAGUGGGUUUAUACUUAGUACGGCAGCUGACCUCAUCAGAACUGCUGCAGAGGUUGAAAACUAUUGGAAUCAAACAUCCAGAGCUCUGCAAAGCACUUGUCAAAGAGAAGUUACGUCUUGAUCCUGACAGUGAAAUCGCCACCACAGGUGUCCGAGUAUCUCUCAUCUGUCCGCUAGUAAAGAUGCGACUUUCCAUGCCUUGCCGGGCUGAGACCUGUGCCCACCUGCAAUGCUUCGAUGCAGUAUUCUACCUCCAGAUGAAUGAGAAGAAACCUACCUGGAUGUGUCCUGUGUGUGACAAGCCAGCCCCCUAUGACCAGCUGAUAAUAGAUGGCCUCCUGUCCAAGAUCCUGAGUGAGUGCGAGGAUGCGGAUGAAAUCGAGUAUCUGGUGGAUGGUUCCUGGUGUCCUAUCCGAGCUGAAAAGGAGAGGAGCUGCAGCCCCCAGUGCCCGAUCCUUGUUCUUGGAUCCUCAGAUGUGAACGGGCUGUUACCCACCCCCAAUGGGAACAGUGAAAAUGGGAAGCCAAGCGCUGAUGUGGUGGACCUCACACUGGACAGCUCAUCCUCAGAAGAGGAGGAGGAGGAGGAAGAGGAAGAAGAAGAAGAUGAUGAUGAGGAAGAUGGCCCCCAACCCAAACGCCGCUGCACGUAUGAAAAAGGUCUAGUCUCCGCCUGCUGACUGGGGCCUGGAGCGAGCAUUGUCCUCUGGGGACAGACUUGAAUACUCUGGUGCUUACAAAACUGGGAGGGAGGCAGGUUGGUUGGGGGCAAGGGGUGUGGAGGGAGGAGGGAUUUUUUCUCCACCCCCUUACCCCAUUCUUCCUCUUCAGUUUCUUUGGACUUUACAAAGCUAACAAUUAAAAAACAAGCAAACAAAACACACACACACCACACACCACACACGCAUACACACACACACACACACACACACACACACACACACACACACACACACACAGCAACAAACAAAAUUGAGCUGCUUCCCAGUUGGAAAAAAAAAAAAAGACAAAUUUGAGCCUGGAGGAAGGAGUGGGGCACCCAGGUUGGUUUAUUGGGUCCCAUUUGACCCACCUUGCAGUCAGCAUGGGAGGCAGUUGCCCAGGAAGAGACUUUCAGCCCUGGCCAGCCAUUCCUCCCUGCCUCCGAGCCCCCCAUCCCAAUUGACCAUGUCUCCAUUCCAGGCCAUCUCCAAAGUUCCAUGCAUUUCUCUCUUGUUGAAUAACCAUUCCUGACUGUCUACAUGCCUUGCUGGGUCUUUGGAUGAUUGGGGAGGGAUAGGGGCGGGGAUGGGACUAUGGCGGCUGAUGGAACCUAGCAAGGUUUGGGGAGGGGCACUUUGUGGGGAGUUUGGGGAGGGCUUGGGGGGGAAUGGAACGGGGAUGGGGGCAGGGAAGAUAUAGAAUUCCUGAGACAAGCUGUUCCUUCUGGGGAACACCCACGGCUCUGCACCUCAUGGAAACAAACACCCAUUUUUGAAACCUUUUAAUCAAAUCUGAAGAUGAUGUAGAAUUUCUUCGUAGUGAAUCAUUUUAGUUGAGAAGAAGCCAUGGUGAGGGGUCGGGGAGGGAGGUUGUAAAGGGUGGGGGAGGGGGAAGGGUUUAAGCCACAGAGCUGUUGUAUUUCUGAAAGUGCAAUAACUUGGCAUUUUGAAGACAGAAGCACGUAGACAAGUUUCCCUUUGGAAGGAAGCGUCCAUGGUCAGUGGGAGGCUCCAAGCUGGUCCUCCCUCUUUGGACCAACCCACUGGGAUGGAGGAGAGCAGAGGGGGAGGGGUCAGGUGGGGGGCAAGGUAGGGAAAUGAGGCCCUUCAAGAAUGCCAGGUGUGGAAAUUCUCAGUUUCUAGCCAGCUACCUCGGUAACUCCAAUUCAGGUUUAUUUCAGUACGAAAACAGUGCAGACACCCACCACCAACUCUGUCCCUGUGUCGGUGACAGGAUGAAGGGUGGGGAUGUCGGGGAGGGAAGUAGCCACAAGUUCCUGGACUUCUCUGUGCAUCUCUCUCUUUCUCUCUCUCUCUCUCUUACUCUCUCUCUUUCUCUCUCCUGCUCAGUACUCUGUCCUAAAACAGAAGCCAACGACUUACUGUUGAGGGUGGAGAGAGGAGAAAGGGGGGCAGAAGAGGUUUUUCUUAGGUUUUUUUUUUGGUGUUUGGGGUGGGUGGGUGGUGUUUUUGAGUCUACAAGCAGUUACAGGUUUCCCUCACAGUAGGAAUAUUGUUGGAAACUCUUCUUGCUGAAAUCUGGCUGACUUUGCUUUCCAGAGCCUGUCCUGGAGGUGGGACUUUGGGGGGGGGACGGUCAGAGAGGAGGGAGAUCUGGGGCUGCCCAAUUCUUCCCUGCUUCUUACCACUCAGGUUGCCUGGAAACCAAAUGCCAUCAGGUGUGGAAGGUUCUUGUCCCAGGCUGGCUUUCUCUGGGCGCCCAGCAGCUGAACUCCUCUGUUCCAAGGCAGGCUCUCCAACCCCUGGCAUGUUUCCUGAGCUGGAGUAACCAAGUCAGACACUGGUCUAGGGUCUUCCUUGUAUGUCUUCCUCCUCUCUCCUCUUUCCCACUGGGAGGUGAGGAGCAGGUCUCCAGAUGCCACUCCCCACUCCUCUAAAAGCCCAAUGCUUAAGUAGCACUUUCAGUUGCCUGUGUUAGGACGUUUGGGGGGGGUGGGGAGAAGUGGAGGAAGGGAAGUGAUGCAUCUAAAAUGAUUCCAGCAACCUAAAGCCAUCCAUCUACCUCCCCUUUUCCCUUUUCUCCUGCUGGAAUCCUCAUCAGAAUGGAUACAAUGGGGCUGGGGAGGAGAUGUAUGGGAACCCAAGACUCAGGUUCCUAGUGAAGUCCUGUCAGGAGACCCAGUGCUACCCAAGGCCAUCCUCUGGCCUGAUCUAAUCCCAUGUGAUUGGGGGUGAGGGGAAUAGGACUGGAUGUGAUCCACCCCCACCCACAGGCUGGGUGCUGCCAAUAGGAGGGGCCUUUCCUCCCAAUCCUCUGAUGACUCACCCCGGAAAUACAGAUGGGGAGGGUAAGAGGGGAUGUGCUGGUUCCUGUUGGGAUUUUACUCACCCACCCCCACCCCCAAAGCUGGGCAGAGAUCCCCACCCAGCUGCUGAACUGUCACAAAGGGCACUCUGGGGACCUUUGGAGUGGCACUGAAAUGUCCAGGAUUUCCCCAAGGUGGGAAGGGAGAGCCUUGGACCUGAUUUCCACCUAUGUUCACGGUUUUCUUCAUUUCCUUUUCCCUCCAGUCCUCCCUGCCUUUUUCCAAACCCAGAAUAAUUUUCCUUUAUAUAAACAACUCUCCUAGCAAGGAAGCAAUAUCAUUUCAGGUAACAAUGGGAAAUGUGGUAGAGCUCCAAUUAAGUUUUACUGUAUAAAAUAGGUUGCUCAGCUUGACUCCUCAGGAGCACUGGCAGCUCAUGUCCAAUUUUUUCUAAUAUUUGUAUCCUAAUUUAAUUGUUUUUUAAAAAUGAAAAUAAAAAAGGUCUAGGCCAAGCCACUUAGAAACAUCAUGAUUCAGUUCCUGGUUUGGGUUGAUUUUUUUGGCCAGCUGUUCUGUACAUAUGUUUUCUUAUAUCCUCGUUUUGUUUUUGUAAAGAGAAAAAAAAAAGGAAAAAAAACCCAAAAUAUUUUUCUUUCCCUUCCGUACACAUUCUUCAGAAUUCAAAAGUAUAGUGUUUUGUUAAAUAAAAAGAUUUACAUUUC